AUGAACGCACCCGAACGACAAGAACUCUUCGUCCUCGAAGAUGGCGAACAGCCUGUAAUCAUCACCGAAGAUACCAAGAUUCCCAAUGCUGCCACUAUCAAGGUAGUGAAACAAGACCACACCUUGGCAAAUCUGGUUCGAGCACAACUGUUAGCAAUGCCCCAAGUUCUGUUUGCCGGUUACAAAGUACCUCAUCCACUUCAUCCGUAUUUCAUCCUCAAGGUUCAAACGGAUGGAACCGUGACGCCGCAAGCUGCUGUCGAGCAAGCGUGUACGAAGCUCAUCGGUACCAUGUCUUCUCUAGAGGCCAAAUUUAAACGGGAAUUCUCGUUCAAGGAUGUAGAAGGUGCCGGACCUGGCGUCGGUGGUGUUCCCGAUGAUCCCUACGGCGCUGGAAGUGGUGCUGGUGGCACUUGGGGAGGGAAGGAUUAUCUGGACUUUUAG